AAGAAGCCAGCAACUACUCCUUGUGCUACUUCCAAGAAGCCCACCACCACCCCAUGCAAGUCUUCCACCAAGAAGCCCACUACUACCCCGUGCAAGUCUUCCACCAAGAAGCCUACCACUACCCCGUGCGCUACUUCCAUGAAGCCAACGACCACCCCAUGCAAGUCUUCCACCAAGAAGCCCACCACAACCCCCUGUAUCACCCCCAAGAAGUCGACCAUGCACAAGAUCGUCACCUCUACGCGUUACCACAACACCACCCGAACUCGCAAGACCUCUACCAUUGUCGUCGUCGUAUCCGCCUCCUCCCAGCCAGUCACUGUCUCUACUCAGCUUGCUGUUCCUGUAUCCCCUACAGCUAUGCCGUCCUACAACACCACGGUAGCUAAACACCGUCGUCCUCACGUUGCCCCGGUUCAGCCUCCCGCUCAACCUCCCGCCCAAC